UGAUUUACACCGAGGUUGCGCUGAUGGAUCAGGUUUCUGGCAGUGUAUCUGGAUUUAUUUCUGCUGGACUGUUACGAUGUAUUUGAGAACACGGCCAUUUACAGCACUCCGCUGGGCCUGUGUUUCUCGUCCACGACCCUCUCGAAGUGUCAGAACAUUUGCGACUGUGAACUCAGAUGCCCAACCUUACGAUGUUGUUGUCAUCGGAGGCGGCCAUGCUGGUUCAGAAGCAUGCGCUGCUGCUGCCCGCUUGGGAGCCCGAACCGCCCUCGUAACGCCCUCUCGCUCGAACAUCGGCGUAUGCUCGUGCAAUCCCAGUAUCGGCGGAAUCGGCAAAGGGACCAUGAUACGGGAGAUCGAUGCGCUAGAUGGAGUGGCAGGCAAGGUUACUGAUAAGGCUGGGAUCCAAUUUCGGAUAUUGAACAGGUCCAAGGGCGAGGCUGUCUGGGGUCCCAGAGCCCAGAUCGACCGUGUGUUGUAUCAGAAAAAUAUGUUGGAAGAAUUGAGCAAUACGCCCGGGUUAAGCAUUGUUGAGGGCAAAGUGGGGGACAUUGUUGUUUCAAAGGAUCACUCACCUGAGGGGUCUCAAGGGAAAAUUGUCGGUGUACGACUGGAGUCUGGCGAGGUGAUACCGACUGGACGUGUGAUUAUUACAACAGGCACAUUCCUCGGCGGAGAGAUACAUAUUGGGCUUGAAUCCUUCCCCUCAGGCCGUAUGGGGGAAGCAGCCACAUUUGGAUUAAGCAAGUCCUUGCGUGAGGCCGGAUUCAAGCUUGGUCGACUAAAGACAGGAACACCUCCCCGACUUGACAAGAAGACGAUCGACUUCUCGAACUUACAAGUCCAACCAGGAGACUCUCCACCCGUUCCAUUUUCGUAUCUAAACAAGAGAGUAGAUGUCAAUGAUGAGGACCAGCUCCCUUGCUGGUCUACCUAUACCAAUGAGGCCGCGCAUCAGAUUGUCAGGGACAACCUUGACAAAUCCAUCCACAUUCGCGAGACGGUGAAAGGUCCUCGAUACUGUCCAUCCCUCGAGUCCAAAAUCAUCCGAUUCAAAGACAAACAGCGACAUAUGAUCUGGCUGGAGCCCGAGGGCUUUGAACCAAAUGAAGUUAUCUACCCAAAUGGCAUCUCGAUGACAAUCCCCGCCGAUGCGCAACUUGCUAUGCUUCGAACGGUUGCCGGGCUAGAAAAUGUCCAUAUGCUCCAGGCUGGUUACGGAGUAGAAUAUGACUACGUCGAUCCACGCUCGCUACGACCAACACUAGAAACUAAACUAAUCAGCGGCCUCUAUCUCGCGGGCCAGGUCAAUGGCACUACGGGCUACGAAGAAGCUGCAGGACAGGGUGUUUUAGCUGGUAUCAACGCCGGCUUAGCGUCUAAGGGAAAGCCUCCAUUCACUCUUUCCCGCUCGGAUAGCUUCAUCGGCAUCAUGAUCGAUGACCUCAUCACAAAGGGCGUCUCUGAGCCCUACCGAAUGUUCACCUCGCGGAGUGAGUAUCGCAUCUCCACCCGCUCCGAUAAUGCAGAUCUACGCCUCACCGCCCGCGGUCGAGAGGUUGGAGUCGUCGGUGAUAAGCGCUGGGAACACUUCAGCCAAGUCCAGGAACAGGUCACAGAAUUACAAACACUACUCGAGAACACCAAAUUCCCAUCGACCCUAUGGGCACGCAAAGGUUUCGCCGUUCACUGCGACCACAACCCCCGCUCAGCCUUUGAUCUACUCCGCCUACGAGACGUCUCUAUCGACGAUAUCAUCCCUCACAUCGAGCCACCAUCGUCAAAGGGUGGAAAGGCAUAUACAACCUCUUCAUUCCCGCCGGAGAUAAAAUACCGCGUCUCCAUCGAGGGCCGCUAUGCACCGUACGUAACAAUGCACGAAGCUAGGGCGCGCAGCUUCGAAAAGGAUGAGGCUCUUUUACUGCCGCCGGAUAUGAACUAUUCACUAAUCACUGGCUUGAGCACUGAGGAGAGGGCGGCGCUAGAGAGGGUCCGGCCGGAGAGUAUAGGUAUGGCCCGCAGGAUUGAAGGGAUGACACCUGUUGCAGCAUUGAAGCUGUUGGUAUACGUUCGUAAAAAUACGACCGGCCAGAUUCGGGAAGAUCCUCAAUUGAAAGCUGGAGAAGAUUUGAAUGUACCUGAUGAAGCAACUAGGGUUGCGUCUUCGAUAUGAUCCUGUCUAUCGUGUCUCGGGAGGAUUUUCCUAUAUAUAUAUCCCUGUAUUUUAUUCGUGUACAUGUACAAAACGCUAUUUCCCUUGCGUCAUUUCCUUCUAUCCGAGCUAUGGAAGUUUUCCCCACUCUGUCUCGGGGCGUUUGGUACUUAGCUUCUUAUGUGGACGGAUGCAUAUUAUGGUAUACCUCUUUUUGAAGAUCUUUUGCAUAUAUGUAUGUCUUUGGGUGCAUAGAGGGCGCCAAAUCUGGGAUUCCCCCUUCAUACAUUUGGCGUGAUGUAGUUUUCUGGCGGCUUAUUUCUCUGCUAUUUACCCGAUGGAAGAUAUGGAUGGCGUUGGAAAAGUAUAUUUAUUAUUUUAUUUUGACCAUUACUUUUAAUCCCUAUCGUUUAUAACUUCGGGCUGGUAUAUAAAAUAAUAUGUGAGAGAUUAUUGCCAGUUUCUUGGGCGUUAGCUGGCUGCUCCUGUCGGAGAGGAGAACUCCAUAUAUAUAUUGCGGCCCACACCUAUCCUGCACCUGGCAAAACAUAGGACAAGUAUACAAUGAUAUACAAGUGCAUCACAACCAAACACGUAGAUAUUACAGUAUUAUAAUGAAAUUCAAAUAACUAUACAUACA